AUGCAUACAGCAGUUAUAUCAAAUACAGAUGGACGAAAUAUUGAUCAAUGGUCUCGACCAUUACGUGCAAUUGAUUUUGAAUUAUUAUGUAAAAAUGGAACACGUAAAACAAUUGAAGCUUAUAAAAGUUGUCAUUUACUUCGAGUACCAGCAAGAGUUUUAAUGACAUCAAGUUUAUUACCAGAUUUAGAUAGACUUUAUAUAUGGAAUAUGCUUAAUUUUGCUCAACAAUUAUUUGGAUCUGAUACAACAAAAUAA